AUGGCCCUCAACACUGCUGUCCAAACCGUCGUCGCCAGCCUGGCGCCUUUCCACCUCCUCUCCUUCUCCACACUGCUGGGCUCUCAGCUGUACCAGACAUUCAUCGUCACCAAGGUUGCGUUUAAGAAUCUUCCCCGGAAUCCUUACGUCAACUUUCAGAAGCAUAUUUUUCCGAUUUAUUUCCACGGGCAGGCGCUGCUGCUGUUCCUCUCGGCCGUCACGUUCCCACCAUACGGCCCAGUGUCGUUGGUCCAGCAAAAGAGUGAUUGGAUCCCAUUUACGAUCUCGGGUGUUGUCUCGGUGUUGAACCUUUUGGUCUUUGGACCUAGGACUAAAAAAUUGAUGUUGGAUCGUGUAGAUCAAGGGACCUUGGAUAAGGCGGCAAACCUAGAGGGCCCCAGUCCCACGAUGCAGGUUCUCAAGAAGAAAUUCUCGACCGCGCAUGCCAUGUGCAUUCAUUUGAACUUGAUCGGGCUGGGUGCUCAUCUCUGGUACACGUGGAGGCUGGCCUCUCACCUCCAGUAUCAAGAUGCCUCUCUGUGA